CCUUCCCUUCUCAUACCUCUGCUGUUGUUGCUUCCAGGACCAGGACACAGAACAGAGAACUUGCCCUGCUUCUACCAAAAUAAUCCUGUUCUUUCCCAAGAUGGGGACCUGAUAAUUGGGGUCUUUUUAUCCUUGUUCUCAGUUGAAGUGAGCAGAGUAACAGAAGCAGAACUGUUUGAAAGUCCUCCUAACCAAGCUUGUAAGCCUUAGCAGUGGCUGCAUAAAAAUUACCAGCAGGCCCUGGCACUACUAUUUGCUGUGGAAGAGAUUAACAGGGAUCCCAGUUUGUUACCCAAUAUUUCCCUGGGAUUCCACCUCUACAACACCUACCACAGUGAUGAGAGGACCUUGGAGAGUUCCCUAUACUGGCUGUCUGGGCUGGGCCAGUUCAUUCCUAACUACAGCUGCUGGGAGCAGCACAAGUCUGUGGCUGUUGUUGGAGGAGCCACAUCAGCUCUGUCUGUCCAGAUGGGGACCCUGCUUGAGCUCUACAAGUUUCCACAGAUCAGCUAUGGUCCAUUUGAUUCUGUUCUUAAUGACAAGGUCCAGUUUCCUUCCGUCUAUCAGAUGGCCCCCAAAGACUCUUCUCUUCAGCAAGGUGUGGUCCACUUAAUGGUAUAUUUUGAAUGGAACUGGAUAGGACUUAUUGUUUCAGAUGAUAUGAGAGGUGAGGAAUUCCUCUGGGAAAUGAGAAGGGAAAUGCUAAAGAAUGGUGUUUGCAUGUCUUUCAUAGAGAAGAUCCCUGUCAGUGAGAGAAGACAUAUGGAAUCCCGUGAGACUUUCAUGCCCAGGAUCUCAGCAUCAUCAACCAAAGUGAUUGUUGUCCAUGGUGACACCGAUUCAUUAAUGAUUCUGAGAUACUCACAAGUUCCCCUUUUCACAAUACCCAAGAUAUGGAUCGCCACAUCUCACUGGGACGUUACCAUGAGACACCUUUUCAUCGAAGGUUAUCCUUUCCAUGGGGCUCUCAUAUUUUCAUACAUGACGAGUGAAAUUCCUGGGUUCAAGACUUUUCUUAAGAGAGUUACACCUUCUAAAUACCCAGAUGACAUUUUACUUAGGGGAUUUUGGCUCACAGCUUUUAGGUGCCCAGAACAACCAGAAAACCCAAAGCAAACAAUCUGCUCACCAAAUGCUUCCUUGGAGACUUUGCCUCUGUGCUUUUUUGAUAUGACCAUGUCUGGCUUGAGUCAUACCAUCUACAAUGCUGUUUAUGCUGUGGCUUGGACUCUCCAUGAAGUAUUUAUGAGAAAAUUAGAGAAAAGAUCAAUGGGAGAUGAAGACCAUUUAGCACCUCAUUCUUGGCAGCUGCAUUCAUCCCUGAAGAACACCCAAUUUAAGAACAGUGCUGGCGACCAGGUGUUUGUGGAUGAAAAUAGAAGCCCUGAGGCACAAUAUGCCAUUAUGAACUAUUUACUCUUUCCUAAUGAGACUGAUGCUCUGGUGAAAGUGGGGCAGUUUGUACCCAAAGCUCCUGUUGGUCAAGAUUUCACCAUUUGUGAGGAUACCAUUGUAACAGGCUGGUUUUUUUCCGAAGUUCCCUCUGCAGUAUGCAGUGAUAGCUGUCAUGCUGGAUUCAGGAAGACUCCUUUGGAGGGGAAGGCUGCCUGCUGCUUUGACUGCUCCCCAUGCCCAGAAGGGGAAAUCUCCAGUCAGAUGGAAAACAAUGCGGAGCAGUGUAUGAAGUGCCCAGAAGAUGAGUAUACAAACAUGCAGAGAGAUCGCUGCCUUCGUAAGCUUGUGACCUUCCUAAGUGUGCAAGAGCCUUUGGGGAUGACUUUGGCCUUUGUAGCUAUUUCCUUCUCUUUACUGACAGAUCUGGUUCUGUGGAUCUUUGUGAAGUUCCAAGACACCCCCAUAGUCAAAGCCAAUAACCGGACUCUCAGCUAUAUUCUCCUCAUCUCCCUAGCCUUCUGUUUCCUCUGCUCCUUGCUCUUCAUAGGCCAGCCUACCCCUGCCACCUGUCUCCUCCGACAAACAAUAUUUGCAGUAGUGUUCACAGUGGCUGUUUCCUCCAUUUUAGCCAAAACCAUCAUAGUGGUUCUGGCUUUCAGAAUUAUAAGGCCAGGGAGCAGGAUCCAGAUGUUCAUACAUCCUAGAGUGUCCAAAUAUGUUGUUCUCAUCUGCUCAGGGAUUCAAGUGGUUUUCUGUGGCAUCUGGUUGGGAACUUCUCCCCCCUUUCCAGAAGCAGAUGCACACUCUGAAUCUGGCCACAUAAUCCUUAGAUGUAAUGAAGGCUCUGCCUUUGCAUUUUACUGUGUCCUGGGCUACAUGGGCUUUCUGGCCCUGGGAAGCUUUACUGUAGCUUUCCUGUCCAGAAACCUGCCUGAUACCUUCAAUGAAGCCAAGUUCAUCACUUUCAGCAUGCUGGUGUUUUGCAGUGUCUGGGCCUCUUUUCUCCCCGCAUAUCAGAGCACCAAAGGGAAGGCCAUGGUGAUUGUAGAGAUCUUCUCCAUCUUGGCUUCUAGUGCUGGGUUACUAGGCUGCAUUUUUAUUCCCAAAUGUUAUGUGAUCCUCAUGAAGUCAAACAGAAAUACCCAGAAACAGAGCAAGAAUCACCAUGAUUCCAGAGGCAAGAUUUUUUCUGGAACACAGCCUGAUACUUCCAGUUCUGUGAAUAAUAGGCUUGAAGAAUAA